AUGGGUGAAAAGUCCGGUUUGUCCGGGGAAACUUUGCUCUCCUUUAUAAGAGAAAGAGAGGAGGCAGAAAGGAAAGAAAGAGCUUAUGAGCGUGAAGAGAGAAAUAGAGAGAGAGAAUUUAAGAAAUUAGAAAUGGAGAGAGAAAUUGAGAUGGAAAGAUUACGUAGUGGGUCACAGAGAGGUGAUAGUCGUACUACUAGUGAGAGUGGUACUAAGGCUAAGUUGCCAAAGUUACCCAAUUUUGAUGACAAGCGUGAUAGCAUGGAUGCAUAUCUCAAAAGAUUUGAGCGAUUUGCAGAGAGUGCUGGAUGGAAGAAGGAAUGUUGGGGUGCAAAUUUGAGUGCACUGUUGCAGGGGCGUGCCCUGGAUGUGUAUUCGAGACUCACAGUUGCUGAGGCUAAUGAUUAUCAGAAACUUAAGGAUGCCCUGCUAAAAAGGUUCAAUCUGAACGAAGACGGUUUCAGGGAAAAGUUUCGUAGUAGUAAAUGUGAAUCAGGGGAGACAGCGUCUCAAUUUGUAAUUCGAUUGGGAGAUUACUUAACCAAUUGGAUGUGCCAGGCUGGGUCUGACGAAACCUAUGAGGGUUUAAGAGAUUUGAUUUUACGUGAGCAAUACUUGAAUGGGUGCUCAAAGGGACUGCAAGUGUUCUUAAAGGAGCGUAAGUUUGCUUCAGUAACAGAGAUGGCCGAUUGUGCAGAUCGGUAUAUUGAGGCCCAUGAGGGCAAUGGCAAAACGGGGAAUGAAUCUAGAGAUGGUGUGAAAGGUAAGGCUUGCUUUGUUUGCAAUGGACCACAUUUACGUAGAGACUGCCCGAGGAUAAAUGGUCGGAACACCAUGGGCACAAACAACCAUAGGGGUGGUAACCUAUCAGGCCAGUAUUCAGGUAAUGGUUUCAAAAGCUGGGAACCAGCAAGAGGUGGAAGAAGACCUGAAGACAAGUAUGACCGAAAGGUAAGUAAAUCUAGUUUGUCGGCGUGUGGCCUAUCCCAAGGAAAGGUAAGUCUGUCAUGUGGUCACAAAUUACCUGUCAUGUCGGCAGCGUGUGAUGGACCUAUUCGGGAAAAUAUGCCGGAGUGCAUAGGAUGGGUCAACGGAAAACAAAUUCGUGUCUUGAGGGAUACUGGAUGUUCAUCAGUGGUGGUAAAGAGGUCUCUUGUACCAAACCACAGUUUUACUGGGAAAGUUCAGAAUUGUGUCUUACUUGAUGGAACAGUGAGACAAUUCCCCACGGCAAAAGUGUUUGUGGAAACACCUUAUUUUAUAGGUAAGGUUAUUGCCAUGUGUGUUGAAAGUCCAGUAUACGACUUGAUAUUGGGGAAUAUUGACGGAAUCAGAGAUAUUGCAAUUGGAGAAUAUGCGACCAUAUCAGAAGAGAAGAAAGUGGAUGAAACGGUGAACGAACAGGCAGCAGUAGUCACCAGAGCUCAGGCUUCAAAAGAAAAGGUAAGCAAAAUCAAACCGUUAAAGGUGCCAACACAGAUCAAGGGGAUGAAUCCACAGAUGUUUCAAGAAGCACAGAAAAGUGACCCAACUCUUCAAGCUGCCCGGGAACAAGCAAUGUCGGAAGAGGUAAAGCAGUGUGGAAAACUGAAUACUUCUCGGUAUUAUGAACGCAAUGGAUUCUUGUACCGUGAAUUUACGUCUCCAAAACAUAACAAGGCAGAACCUGUUUGCCAGCUUGUUGUCCCUAAGGAAUUUCGAGAUGAAAUCAUGAAGAUAGCUCAUGAGAGUUUAUUAGGAGGACAUCUAGGAAUGCAGAAAACAUUGGAUAAAGUACUGUCACAAUUUCAUUGGUCUGGUGUAAUGUCAGAUGUGAAACGUUUCUGUACCUCCUGUGAUACCUGUCAGAGGAUGACAUCAAAAGGAAAAGUUUCCAAGGUUCCGUUGGGAGAAAUGCCAUUAAUAGAUACACCAUUUAAACGCGUGGCUGUUGAUCUGAUUGGACCUAUUACACCAGUUAGUGACAGAGGAAACCGGUACAUAUUAACGGUGGUUGACUACGCUACAAGAUAUCCGGAGGCGAUGGCAUUGAAGAACAUUGAGACAGAAACCGUUGCAGAGGCAUUAGUAGACAUUUUCACUCGAGUUGGAGUUCCACAAGAAAUGCUUAGUGACAUGGGAGCACAGUUUACAUCUGGACUCAUGAAGGAGAUAAGUAGGCUGUUGUCAAUGAAACAGUUAGUGACUACACCAUACCAUCCCCAGUGUAACGGGUUAGUGGAAAGAAUGAAUGGCACGCUGAAGUCCAUGAUAAAGCGUAUGUGUACAGAGCGACCCAAGGACUGGGACAAGUACAUUUCGCCAGCCUUGUUCGCAUACAGAGAAGCCCCACAGGCAAGCACAGGGUUUUCUCCAUUUGAACUGCUCUACGGGAGAACAGUAAGAGGACCAAUGCAAAUAUUAAGAGAGAUGUUGACACAGGAAACCCUUAGUGAAGAGGUAAAAACUGUUUAUGAAUACGUUUUGGACCUAAAGGAAAGGCUAGCAGAAACAAUGCAAUUUGCACAAGAAGAACUGAAGAAAUCUGCUGGAAAAACAAGAAACACUUCGAUAAGAAAGCGAGGCAAAGAACAUUUUCAGUAG